GAACACCCAAAGCUUGCCCUCGACCAAUAUCAAACAGUUUUUCUCAACAAAUCCAUCACUCAGUCGAUCAACGCUCAUCCCGGCCUUUCGCACUCUGGCAACAUGCUCCCGCCAGUAGACGAAUCCGUUCUACAGAAUAACCCCGAAUUCGCAUCCCUCUACCAUACCCUCACCACCGCGAUCCUCAACCCAGACGGAUCGACGAAAAAUGACACUCUCCGCAAGGAACGUGAAGCUGUUCGUGAGGAGCUCAGAACCCACCGCCUAAACCACGCAAAACAACACCUUCUCUCCCACGCUAUCGCAACAGCAACACCUCCAGAACCAAAAGUCCCCGGCAGUACCAUAAGCCAACAGCGCCCCAAAACCCAACAACAACAGAAACAACAAGCAGAACUCCCCGAACCGCUCCUAGAUCUCCUCUUCCUCCUCCCACCGCUCCUCGACCCGUCCUCCCGACCCCUAAGCAGCGAAGAAACAUCCGCCCUCCUCUCCACCCCGCCCCUCUCCGACCUCCCCACCCUCCUCCCCCAACUCGCACCCAUCAUAGCCUCCUCCCUCCGCGACUCGGCCAUCUCGCUCGCCCGCGUCGCCCACCCAGCCACCAACCCCAGCUUCCUCCACCGCACGAUCCCCCACCUCGCCCGCGACGUCGCCGACCGGCUCCAAGCCCUCGACGCCGCCCGCGAAGCGCUCGUGAGGGAACGCCUCGCGCUGACCCGCGACGUGGUGGCGCUGCUGCGCAAGUACGCCGAGGCCCUGGCCCUGCUGAUCCGCGCGCUGGAGGGGAAACACGGCGUCAUGGCGCGCAGUGUCGAGUUGGGGGCCGCCGAGGUGGCCGCGGAAGCCAAAAAGGCGGAGCUGGAGGCAAGGAUUGUGGAAGGGGCGGUUCGUGCUGAUGUGUAUACCCCCGAGGCGGUACGGGCGCUUCGGAACUACGAGGCGCAUUUGAGGGAUGCUACCCUGCGGGUGGAGGAGAGCAUCAGGGGGUUGGAGAGGGAGUUGGAGCGGUAUGGUGUUGGCGUGGAGGGGGCGGAGGGGAGGGAAGGGCGGAUGAGGGAGAUGGCGAGGGUGAAGAGGGAGAUGGAGAGGGAGGUCGAGGAGGUGAGGAGGGAUUUGGAGAGGUUGGAGAGGGCUUGACGUUUGGCAGUCUGAGGUUUGGGCGUACGAUUGUUUUAGUUCUUGUGUUCACGUUCAUUAGCCAAAUAUACCA